UUAUAUUUUAGUUUGCACUCAAUUGAUUUAUUAAAUAAAAGUGGAUAGUGAGUGCAAUCAAACCUUCUCAAGGAAUUAGAAAAUUUUUUCUUUACAAAAAAUCAUACACCAUACCUGUUGUGAUUGCUUUUUGGAAGUGCUUGAAAGAGAUUGUAUAAUCAAAUGUUAACCCAAGGAGAAUAAUGUCCAGAAAAACAGAAUUUUGGCUAAUAACAACUAAAAUUAAAAGUAGGCUUUUUAUCUUAUAUCACAACAUUCUUCUAUCCAAUUAUUUUGAGAUAUUAUAAAAAUAAAAUCAAUGAAAAUAAUAUUCUACUUUGCAUGUUUUACAAUUGCAUUCGCCUAAGACUUUAAAACCAUUUUCACUGCCUUUGUAGGCUCUAAUUGGAAUGAUUAGGAAUGGUUUUAUUCUGAUAUAUAUGGGGGAAUAUUUGGUUUUUGUGAAAAUGAAUAAUUAUUUGGUGGCCAUUAUGUAUUUGGGAAAAAUUCCUUAGCUUCUCGACAAUUUAUUCUUCCCCCUCAUUAUUAUGUAAAAAUUUAAUUAAGAUUCUGGAAAAUUGAUAGUUGGGAUGGAGAAGUCUUCUAAUUAAUAGCUGAUUAGAAAGUUUAUAGUAGGCAAUUUUGGCCAAAUGAGGGAGGAGAUUUUUGUGGUCGUGGAAAGAAAGGAAAUAAUGAUCUUCUAGUUAAUAUUGAGGUAAGUAUUGAACAUAAUUCCCAAUUGUUUGCUUUAAUAAUGACUUCAAAUUUGGAUGAACAUGCAUAUUAUGUAUAAGUUGUUUUUAGAUAAUAGGAAUCAUGGGGGAUAAACUGGUUUGAAUUAUCAAUUUUAGAAUGUUUUUUAGGUUGCUUAAGUUGUGAAGAUUCAACCUCUUCCUGCCUAAUAUGGAGUAGCUUAGCAUCAUAUUGGCAAACUUAAAUGAGCGAUGAUGGAUGGCUAACUAAUGGAGGUUAGAUAGGAGGAUCUAAUAUUUGCGGCGGUCUUUUAAUUGUUGGAGGAACUUCUAUAUUAAUGCAAGGCUAAAGUUUAGAAAAAACGUUAAAAGAUCUACCUAUCCACUAUUUGAUUAAGUUUGUAUUUAAAAUAUGGGCGAUAGGUGAGUGGGAAUACGAGAAAUUAGAGCUUUAAGUUGAUAAUCAAGUUUGGAUGUCUGAGUCAAUUCAAAAUAAUAAUCCUGUUCCCUUUGAUUGUGGUAUCAAGUAAAAAGUUAGCAUUGUAAAUACUCAUACAAUAAAUAACCAUACUUAAAAUGAAAUGAAUAUAGUUAUUAAGUCAAAUUAAUCCUCAUAGAAACCUGCAUUUUGGGUGAUCUAAUCUUUAGACAUUUAUAUAGCAGAAUGCUCUAUUGGUUGUCAAGAAUGCUUUGGAACAGAACCAACCAUGUGUACCAAAUGUAUCAAAAAAUGGGGUUUUUAUUAAAAUCAAUGUAUUAUUGCUCCUCCAAUUGAGUGUGCUAAUGUUAGAAUUGUUUAAUUUAAAGAUUAAAAUAUCAAUAAUCCUGACACAUUUCAAAUAACUAUUGAUGAAGUGAAUCAAAAUAGUAUAGAUAAGGGGUAGCAAAAAUUAUUUGUGAGUUCUUCUAUUUCCACUCUUACAUUUAAAUUUUGGUGA